AUGUAUAAGCAGCCUGGCGUACAGAAGCGACAGCAUUCUGCCCAGUCUUCGCCAAAUGCAGAAAAAGAAAAGACUACAAAUGGGUUGAUACAAAUACACAGCAAAAAGCUACGGGCGCCAUGGAUGCAAGCUUGGUUGCUACCACUUGUCUUCACCAUUGAACCGAAACUCUACGUGGGGAAGCUCGGGGAUCUUGAUCGAAUCGGACUCCUCAGCGGAAUGUUUCUUCUCCCCGUCCUGCUCCCUGCGCGGAAAGAAGCUGCUCAGCAACGACCUCACGGGAUGGCUCAGUUUGUCCUUGACGGCCAAGGCGAUGGACACCUCGGAGACUUGCCAGGCCACCGUCACGACGAUCAAAGCAGAAAGCAGGCAGUGUGUGAUGAAGUUCUGCCUCUUCACCUUCUUAAUCUCCUUCACUAGCUCCUCGUCUGCAUCGGUUUCCUUGCUAUUCCGGCCGGAACCUGGUUUCCGGUUUCUCAACCUGCUUUCUCCGCCUCGUGGAGAGCUUGCCUCCGAUGACCCGGGUUGUUUGAGCGUCCCUUCUCCUUUCAGCGAUUCCAACUGUCCACGGUAACGUAUAAUCAUAUAAUUGUUAUCUUCCUCUAUGUUCUUCAUUCAGAAUCUAACGUGGUCUGGUCUGGUCGGGAGGGAAUUGGUUGUUACCUCGGCGAGUAAUCUGGAGAGAAUAGGGCGAUCUUUGUCGUCCAAGGAGAUGGAAUCGGCGUAGGCUUCUUCUUCUUCGUUCUUCUUCUCUUCUAUUAACUUCUGGAUUUCUUCGGUGAGAAACAGCAACUUUUGAGUCGAUUCCAUUGCCCUUUUCUCUGAUUCUUUUUGUUCGAUCAUGUAAAUCCGUGAGGAGGGGGUUGUGAUUGGAGUUUGGGGAAGGAAAGCGACGGAUGGGAAAAGAAGGGGACUAAUCAUUUGGCGGAAAAUGCGAACGAUGGUCGAAUUACUGUAGGACACGUGGCUGCAUCCUGCAUGUCCAUGUGUUUCUUUCUCCCGUGCUGUCGUGUGAAUUGGCGUUUCUUGCGGUGCUGCAUUCAUUUCGCUCACUUCUGAAUUUUGUUCUACAAAGUUGUGGGCUUUGCAGUACAUGGGCUCUGAGCGGCACG